AUGUGGAGGCGACAGCUGGAAGAAGGGGAGGACGUCUACAUGCGGGUACGAACGACCCCAAGGGAGCGGAGCAUCGAAGAGCUGCUGGCCUUCUCCGUCGAAUCCAAAGAGGAGGAUGUAGACUGGUGCUGCGCGGGCCAAAGAGCUUCCUCCUGCUGUGAGAGGAGACAGACGGCGGAGGAUCCGAAUGAGCAGCGCAGCCGCGAGGCCGUUCGUGCUCUGUACACUGCGACGUUCCCCUCCCUCAAGGACAAAGAGCUGCAUGAAGUGAUCCCCCAGCACUUCAAGGCUGAACGAUGCUCAAGCUCGGCCAGCUCUCUGAGCACGUGGAGAGAGCUCAGCGGGAGGUCAAGCCCGUCAACCAAGUCCCGAUCGCCGAGCAGGUUCCACGAGAGGCUGUCGCCCUCAGAUGAUGACAACAGCGUUGAGGAUGAGAACUCCGGGGAGCUGCCGGACCUGCUCGUUGAUCGGUCCUCGUCCUCUCACAAGCUCUCCAAGUCCAAGCACGAGCAAGUUACGAAAAUGCGGAAAGAGCACCAGAUAAGGAGAAUCCAAAUGCAGGAGAUGAAGAAUCAAAUCACCGCUGCCAAGAUGCAGCAGGCCAAGGAGGAGCGAAGCCAGAGGCUGAGAAUGGCGCGGGAGAGGAAAGAGGAGGACCUCAGGAGGAAGAGGGAAGCGGCGAUGCGGGUCAUCAAGGAGAAGAAGGGGAGUCACAACAGGACGAGGGAGGAGGAGAAGGGCUGGGCUCAAGAGCUCUCCUCCUCCUCCUCCCCCGAUUACUCCAUCCAGGUUGCCGACACCAACGUCCAGUACCAGUCCGACCUGCCGUUCGCUGCCUUGAUCGCCCCGUCUUCAUGCAAGCCUGAGCGGCCGGGGAGGGUAGAGGAAGACGACCUGUCGAUGCAGAUAUCUUUGUCUCUGAGAUCGCUCAAGUUCCUUCAGCUCAAUGAAGGAGGAGGAGGAGGAGGAGGAGGAGGAGGAGGAGGAGGAGGAGGAGGAGGAGGAGGAGGAGGCUACAAGAGGCCUUACACGACUGUCUCAACUGGCAGGAUUCGACCGACUUUUGUAGUGACCAACUUACGGGGCUCAUCUCCGAGGUACCUCACAGACGAUUCACCGGAAGUGGUUGAGAGUGUUUGCGGCGUGAGCAUGCGUUGA